UCGUUGGUUCUGGUUCUUCAUUAGGUGAAUCUGGUCCAGCCGGUGUUAUUAUUGCUUAUGCCAUUAUUGGUACUAUGAUUUACUGUACUGUUCAAUCUUUAGGGGAAUUAGCUGUUACUUUCCCAGUUGCUGGUGCUUUCGUUACUUAUAAUUCUAGAUUUAUUGAACCAUCAUGGGGUUUCUCUAUGGCUUGGAACUAUGCUAUGCAAUGGUUAAUUGUUUUACCAUUAGAAUUGGUUGCUGCUGCUAUUACUAUUAAAUUUUGGGAUGCUACUACCAAUUCUGCUGCUUUUGUUGUUAUAUUUUAUGUUUUAAUCUGUUCUAUUAACUUCUUCGGUGUUAGAGGUUAUGGUGAAGCUGAAUUCUUUUUCUCAUUAGUUAAAGUUUUAGCUGUUUCAGGUUUUAUCAUUUUAGGUAUAAUUUUAGCCGCUGGUGGUGGUCCAAGUCAUGAAUAUAUUGGAGGUAAAUACUGGACUAACCCAGGUGCUUUCUCCAAUGGUUUCAAAGGUGUUUGUUCAGUCUUUGUUACUGCUGCUUUCGCUUUUGGUGGUACCGAAUUAUGUGGUUUAGCUGCUGCUGAAACUGCCAAUCCAAGAAAAUCUUUACCAAAGGCUACUAAACAAGUUUUCUGGAGAAUUACUUUAUUCUAUAUUGUUUCUUUAACUCUUGUUGGUUUAUUAGUUCCAUGGAAUGAUCCAAGAUUAAUCUCUAACUCAUCAGUUGAUGCUUCAGCUUCUCCAUUCGUCAUUGCCAUUAAGAAUGCUGGUAUCUCUGGUUUACCAUCUGUUAUGAAUGUUGUUAUUAUGAUUUCCGUUUUAUCAGUUGGUAACUCUUCGGUUUACGGUUCUUCAAGAACUUUAGCUGCUUUAGCUGCUUCUGGUCAAGCUCCAAAGAUUUUAGGUUACAUUGAUAAACAAGGUAGACCAUUAGUUGCUAUUAUUGUUCAAUGUGUAUUUGGUUUAUUAUGUUUUAUUACUGCUUCUAAUCAAUCUGGUAAUGUUUUCAACUGGUUAUUAGCUUUAUCAGGUUUAUCAUCAUUAUUCACUUGGGGAUCUAUUAAUGUUUGUUUAAUUAGAUUCAGAAGAGCUUUGAAGGUUCAAGGUAGAGAUACCAGUGAAUUAUCAUUCACUUCUCAAGUUGGUGUCUACGGUGCUGCUUAUGGUGCUAUUAUCAUUAUUUUAGUAUUAAUUGCUCAAUUCUGGAUUGCCUUAUGGCCAUUAGGUGGAUCACCAAAUGCUUCUGAUUUCUUCAUGUCAUACUUGGGUGCACCAGUUGUUAUUGUGUUCUGGUUAUUCCAUAAAUUAUGGAAGAGAGAAUGGAGACUUUUCAUUAGAGCCAAGGAUAUUGAUAUUGACACUGGUAGAAGAGAAUUAGAUUUAGAUUUAUUGAAACAAGAGAUUGCCGAAGAAAAGGCCAUUUUAGCUACCAAGCCUCUUUAUUUCAGAAUCUGGAACUUCUGGUGUUAAGUUCACCCUCACAAUUGCAAUUGGUCAAACUUGCGAAUACCUGUAUUUAUACUGCUUUAAUUCUACUUCACUAUUUAUACUAUUUAUAGUUUUAAUUAAUAUUAUCUGAGUUUAAGA